UAUUUGCUUCAUACCUUGCUAUGGGUGGAGUGAAGGAAGAUAGGUGCCUUGAUGUGGCACAUACAUAGUUACCCUCCCAUCUUUAAGCAGGAAGAUUUUCUUUUUUGCUUUCUUGUCCGUAACACCAAUAAUUAAUACAGUAAUCAUAUCGUAAUUGCACAAUGAAAGAACAAUGAUAAAUAAUUAGAAGGUAGACAAAAAAUGCUGGAGAAAAUGUGCUUUCUCACCCGCUGAGUUUCUCCUGCAUUUUUUUGUCUAUCUUCGAUUUUUCCAGCAUCUGCAGUUCUUUGUUAAACAUGAGAAAUAAUUAAGUUUAUUUCUGGUGUACUGUAUGUCGACAGCUCUUUGUUAUUCUUAAGUUCAUCUUUAAGCCAUUCAGGUGAGAAUUUCAUAGAGGUAUUGAGAUAUUGUCAGCCAUCUGAACUGGACAGUUCGUCAAUUAUGCUUAAAUGCAUUAAGCCAAAGGAAGGGAAGUUUAGAAACCAGUUAUAUCCUUCUGCAGUUACACAGUACACUGCACAUCUCUUUAAACUUACAGAAAACAAGGAUAUGAUGUCUGAACGCAGGAAAAUUCAGUGUAUGUGCUGAGGGAAGUAAAAUGGAAAACAAUUACCAGCAACUUCCUCUCAGAAAGGAAAGUAUUCUUGGGUAAAUGCAAACGUUUAUCAGUCUUUGAAGGGCAGAAGAAAGAGGAAGCAGGUUGCUGUGGCAUUUUCCAAAGUAAUUAGUCAUUAAAAGGCGUGAAACAAAAAGCAGAUUUAUAUCACAGCAUAGUGAAAAGACACUCUGUUAUAACAAGGACGAAAGCACGACUAGCCUCUGGCCGCACAGUUGAUUUGACAGAGUGCCUGCAAUUCCGGCUAUUUUACUUUCAAAGGUUGUCGUUAAAUAGCUGUUCUUCCAACAGAAUGAGCUCUGGUAGUUCGGAUGAGUUCUUCCAGUCAAUGAAUCAUGCAGAGCAAACAUUUCGAAAGAUGGAGAACUACCUCCAGCACAAGCAGCUGUGCGAUGUUCUGCUAAUCGCUGGCGACCACAAGAUUCCUGCCCAUCGCCUCGUCCUCAGCGCUGUUUCAGAUUAUUUUGCUGCCAUGUUUACAAAUGAUGUACGUGAAGCCAAGCAAGAAGAAAUUAAAAUGGAGGGUGUAGACCCAGAAGCACUUAAAGCACUUGUUCACUAUGCUUACACGGGUCUCCUCGAACUGAAGGAGGAAACGAUAGAGAGCUUAUUAGCUGCAGCCUGUCUUCUACAACUCUCUCAAGUGGUAGAAGUGUGUUGCAAUUUCCUUAUGAAGCAACUUCAUCCGUCAAACUGCUUAGGAAUAAGAUCGUUUGCUGAUGCUCAAGGCUGCAUGAAUCUGCUUAAGGUGGCGCACAGCUACACCACGGAACAUUUCAUGGAAGUGAUUAAAAAUCAAGAAUUCCUUCUGCUCCCUGCAAGUGAGAUUGAGAAACUUCUUUCUAGUGAUGACAUUAAUGUUCCUGAUGAGGAAACCAUAUUCCAAGCUCUGAUGAUGUGGGUGAAGCACGAGUUACAGAAGAGGCAGCAGGAACUUGCAAUGCUCUUGUCUUACAUCAGGCUCCCUCUACUCUCUCCGCAGUUGUUGGCUGAUUUGGAGAACAAUCCAAUGUUUGCUGAUGACUUGGAAUGCCAGAAACUUCUUAUGGAGGCUAUGAGGUAUCAUUUGUUGCCAGAGCGACGGCCGAUGUUGCAAAGUCCUAGAACCAAACCUAGAAAAUCUACAGUUGGAGCACUUUAUGCAGUCGGAGGAAUGGAUACUAACAAGGGUGCCACAACAGUAGAAAAAUAUGACCUCAGGACAAAUACCUGGAUACAAGUAGGCACAAUGAAUGGGAGACGCUUGCAGUUUGGAGUGGCAGUGAUCGACAAUAAGCUGUAUGUUGUUGGUGGCAGAGAUGGAUUAAAGACGUCCAACACUGUUGAAUGUUACAAUCCAAUAGCCAAAGUCUGGUUGAUAAUGCCACCAAUGUCCACUCAUAGACAUGGACUAGGAGUGGCUGUACUAGAAGGGCCAAUGUAUGCGGUUGGCGGACAUGAUGGGUGGAGUUACCUCAACACAGUGGAGAGAUGGGAUCCACAAGCCCGUCAAUGGAACUAUGUUGCUAGCAUGUCAACUCCAAGAAGCACUGUUGGAGUUGCAGCAUUAAAUGGCAAACUCUACGCAGUGGGUGGACGAGAUGGAAGCUCCUGCCUACGAUCAAUGGAGUGUUUUGAUCCUCAUACCAAUAAGUGGAGCAUGUGUGCACCCAUGUCCAAGAGAAGAGGAGGAGUAGGUGUUGCUACAUGCAAUGGCUUUCUUUAUACUGUGGGAGGACACGACGCCCCUGCUUCUAAUCACUGUUCUAGAUUGUCAGAUUGUGUAGAACGGUAUGAUCCAAAAACAGACACCUGGACAACAGUGGCACCUUUAAGUGUUCCAAGAGACGCUGUUGGAGUGUGCCUUCUCGGAGACAAGCUCUACGCUGUGGGAGGAUAUGAUGGACAGACCUACCUAAACACCGUAGAGUCAUACGACGCACAAAACAAUGAAUGGACAGAGGAGGUGCCACUGAAGAUUGGAAGAGCUGGAGCUUGCGUUGUUGUGGUGAAAUUGCCAUGAAAGAUGAAAAAAAUCUCAUGUUCUGCAAGAUUACAGAGAAUAAAAAAAACUACUGUAUAUAAAUUAGCCAUCAUUCCAAAAACUGAAUCAACCUCACCACUGACUGAUUGCAAAACAGUAAGCUCAGAAGAAAUGAGCUAUGAUUUGAUGCAGACACUGGUGAAAUACAUGAAUUAUGAGCCUACUGUUGAUAUAAAUUGAUGUCAUCAGAACCACAUCAUUAACAGAAUCUCAUUCCAGAGUUUGGAACACCUUACCAGAUGUCUCCCUGGAAGGGGAUGCAGAGUGAUGAUGAAUGAAAUGCAAACUACUGUGUGAACUUAGCCUUUGUAAAACUUUAUUAGUGUAGCUUUCGCUAUGACGGAUUCAACUGAUGUUGGUUUACAGGCGCUUGCUCAAUCUGAGAGAAAAUUUAAGAGCUCUUACUUUUGUCAAUGUUAUUGUGUGAACAAUUGUACAUUACAGUGAUUUUUCAAGAACGUUUUAUCAUUAAUUCUUAAAGGUGACAUUUAAACAAUCAAAAUUAGAAAAUGAAAUGACACUGAAGUGUCAUAAUUUGUUUCAUAUCAUUUAUAGAAAUUCAGCUUGCAAAUACUUUAAUUCAAACAGGACUUUGUAACCUUCACUCCAUGACAUUAUAGUCUCCCUUCCACUGGCCCAAGUCUUUGUCAUGCGAAAAGUACCAGUCAAGAGGAUAGAAUAAUGUGAGAUGAAAAGCACAUCUGGGAAAUUUUCCUCAACAGCAAUGUUCUACUUUAAUCUGAGCCAUCACAAUACUCUCACCAUCACUAAUAUUGCAAUACAGGAAUAGACAGGAGACUCCAGGGACAUUGUGAAGCUCAUCCUUCACAACCAAGCAUGAGAUUACAUUAAAACGUUCUGUACACCAUGUACAGUAGCCCAAAAUGUUUCUCCAAAUUUUAAGGCUUUAUUAUAAAUCGGUAAAAAAGUUCAAAAGUUGAUACUUUAAUUUCAUAUUUUUAAAACUAUGUAUCAUAAUGUAUAAAUACUGUUUCUGUAAAAACGACUAAAUGGCGCACAAUUAUUAGCAGGGAUGUGUAUCCAUUACAUCAAAAAUGGCAACAAACUUCAAAUGUCCAUGGUUUUAGAGUGCUUAAACAUUUUAAUUUUAAAAGCCAGCAAGUAUCAUGUGGUUUCUAACAAGCAAUGGGGGGGAAAUUUCUAAAUCUAGACAGUAAGAGAUGUUUUAAUGAAGCCAGAAACAUAUUUUCUAACCUCGAGUAAUCUCAUUAACCUGAUAUCAUCAUAUAAUUUGAGGAAAUAAAAUGAUUAAUGCCAACAAGAGAACAAGACACAUUUUGAGGACAAUAGGAAUGUCACUGCAUUAAUACAUGUACCUCAGCUCCUGAACUUAUUAAUGAUAAAUAAGUUAUUCCUUGAAUGAUUCUUCAAAUUUUAUUACAUAUUUAGUAUUCAUAAA